AUAAAUGUCUGAUCAAGAACCUAGAUGAUCAAUAUCAUUAUCUGAUCCGGUUCCUCCGUCGUAAUAUAACAUCUCAGCUUCCGGUUAUCUUAGGUGGCGGUGAUGGCGGCAGCUCAUGGACUGGUGGUCCAGAAAACAGAGGAGGAGUGGCGUGCGAUCCUUUCUCCUGAGCAGUUUAGGAUUCUUCGACAAAAAGGCACUGAAAUAGCAGGAACUGGAGAAUAUGACAAGUUCUUCGAGGAUGGAAUUUUCAGCUGUGUCGGAUGCAAAACUCCUCUCUAUAAAUCUACCACAAAGUUCGACUCCGGAUGUGGUUGGCCAGCUUUCUUUGAAGGAUUCCCUGGUGCCAUUAACCGAACGCCUGAUCCAGAUGGGAGAAGAACAGAGAUAACUUGUGCAGUAUGCGACGGGCAUUUAGGCCAUGUUUUUAAAGGAGAAGGUUAUGGUACUCCUACCGAUGAACGCCACUGCGUUAACAGCGUUUCGAUCAUCUUCAACCCGCAGAAACCACCUGAGGAGGCUGAGGAUUGAUCAUAAAACAUAAUCAAGAAAAAAAUAAGUAAAAUGGCCCAAUUUUAAGUUUGUAAUUGGCAAAUUGAGCUACAUCAAUGUGAUAAGGGCUUUCCCAAUUAAUUAUUUGCAACUUUACCAUUACAAUAAAAACAUUAUUAUUAUUAUUAUUAUUAUUAUUAUUAUUAUUA